AUGGACCCUUCCAACGUCGAGGUGAACCUCACAGUGGGCGAAGAUAGGGUUAGUGAAUUUCUCGGCGCUUACCUCGUUCGCACGCGCGCUGUCUAUUUGUGUCCCAAAAAGCUAAUGUUUGACGCUCUCGCGCGUCCACCACUUAGGUCGCUCACAUCGAGAUCAAACUUGCGUUUCCUCCCCUGCCACCCCCCACCCCCACCCCCGGAGGAAGACCACUUUGACACAGACCCUGCCACUGCAUACAACUCUACCGGAGUGAAGCGCAAGCGCGAGACUACCCCAGAAAGUGAGCAGGCAAGUUCAGUUAUCGACGCUGUUUACACGGACUACUCGCCUUCUUUUGGCGACUCUCCCCUGUAUCGGCUUGGAACUGAGGAAAUUGAUGACAAGCGUGAGCCUACUCCCGGUGCAAUGGCUCCCCUGGAUCCCCGGGAGCUACCUGAUCCCUCACCCAUUACCACUCCCAACACGCGCGUCUGGGAAUCUCACCGUCCUUCGAAUUUCAACUUCACCAUUUACGAGGACCCAGAGGGCCAGGAGACUCCCCAUGUCAGCCCUUUGCACGAAAGCUUCAACGGUAUCGAAGAGGACAAAGAGAACAUCUUUCUCACUUCUUCCGACUAUGCUAACUCUGAUGAGGAAGAGGAAGACACUCGACCCAACCUCGCUGGACGUGAACCUUCCAUCGGACUUCUUGAUGCCUUCGGUCUCCCACUCAAUCGUGAAAUGUCUGAUUUCGUCCGACCUACUACCCGCCCAAUCUUCGAACGCCACAUGCGCCGCGGCCGAGAGGUCCUCCAGACCCUCUGGGUUGACGAGCCACAGGUCCGCGAGGAGCAUGAUGGUCGGUUGCAUAAUGACGCUCUGACUGACACCCAGGCUCAGGACAUUGUUGAAGAGAGCAUCCAACGAGGUCGAGCUAGACUCCGCUCUGACCGUCAGCCUGCUUUGCGUGAGAGUGCCCCCAUCCAGGAUCCGGCCACCUUUAACAAUGUUCGCCGCGUCCUUGAUUUCCAGCAGCCCGAGUCUAGUCGCCCCACCACUCCCGAGCUAAACGAGGGUCGCCGCUCUGUCACCCCCGAGGAAACCGAGGAGUCCCAGCAGUCUCAGCUGGAGGAGGAGCAGGAUCAGUAA